AUGAAGUUGCUUAGUACUUACGCUGAUACCUCGGGACAGGAGAUAAAUUUGAAUAAAUCUGACAUGUUUUAUAGCCGAAACAUUAGUAACGCGGCCAAGGAGGAUCUUGCUAGCAUUAUGGGAGCCUGUCGUAUGUUAGGUACGGGAAAGUAUUUAGGGUUGCCCUUUAUGAUUGGUAGAAGAAGGGAAAUUAUGAUAAAAUCAGUGCUCCAAGCCAUUUCGCCCUACAUUAUGAGCCUUUUUAUUAUCCCAUAUGGGGUUUGUAAUGAUAUUGAGAAGAUGCUUAAUUCCUUUUGGUGGGGAGAAGGUAGUAAUAAUAGGGGAAUCCAUUGGAUGGCAUGGGAUAAAUUGACUUGCUCUAAGAAGGAAGGUGGAUUGGGAUUUAGAGACUUUAAAGCUUUUAACAUGCCCAUGGUUGCUAAACAAGCUAACCUUGGUUAUAAUCGUAAUUUUGUGUGGAGAAGUAUUUGGAAUGCAAAUUAUGUUUUAUCUUUAGGGUGCAAGUGGAGCAUUGGGGAUGGUAGUCACGUCAAGGUUAUUAAUGAGCCUUGGAUCAAGGGUAAGAAGGAAGGGUGUCUGAGUGGUCCCCAAAAACAAGAUGCUGGAGAAAUCUUGCAGGUGCCUCUUUUGGAGGAGGUCAAGAAGGAUAUGAUGAUCUGGAAGGCAGAACAAAAUGGAUCCUACAUUGUGCGUUCUGGUUACAGGUUGUGGAAAAGCUUAUGGGUGCGACAGGAGAAUGGGGGAAUGAACGAGGAUUGGAAUAGUCUUUAG